GACUCUCUCUUCCAUUGGUUCGUGAUUCCAUCUUUCACUCCGCGCGUACAUCAACCUCUCUUUCCUUCAGCAACUAAAGCGCAGACUGUCCUCCUGUCUCUCUCAGACCUUCGUUUACCAAACCCAGUAAACAUUUCAACAACACCAUCGAACCACCACAUCUCCUCAGCUUGGAUUAACAGAAACCCACUCACCAAAUCCAAGGUUCACUUAUUUAUUUUUUACAUUUAUGUUCACCUGUUGUAAUUUCAUAGUUUCUUCUGGGGACAAUUCCUUCUGGUGAAUGUCAUGUCUAUUGCUGUUGCUUAGAAUAAUCACAAUAAUAUCAGUAAUUCCAUAGAUUAGUUUGUUGACCUCUCCCUUUCUGGUAUCUAAUAUUGGGUUGUUUGGUAAUUCAUCAUGCAUCACAUGUUUGACUCCACUUGAAGCAACUCUUUCUGAUGGGUUGAGGAGAAAAGUUUUUUUUUUUUUUUUGUCAUUUUCCCGCAUCAGUUUUCAAUUUCAGCUUGUAAAGAUACUUGCUUUGUUGUAGAACUGGAGUGGGGUUUCUUUUUCAUUCCUCCUCUUGUGAAAUGGGAUUUUGGGUCUUUAAUAUGUUAACCAAGAAAGAUUUGGGUUUGUUGUGGAUUUCAAAAAGGAGGGGAUUGGGGUUGUUUGUGUUUAGGCUCCUGCUUGGGUUAUGGUUGUCUCUUGUGCUUCUGAAGCCCGUUUCGGGAUUGCGACCAAUCAGAGAGAGGGCUCAGACAUGGGGUGACGAGUGGCUAUUCGUCAGAAAAGAUGGAAAGGAGUUAGGUCCUUUUUCUGCAUGGAACAUAACAGGCACAUAUCGAGGGACAUGGAAAUUUCUUGAUGCUACAAAUAGCUCUUCCAGAUUUCCAGAUUUUAGGAAAUCCAAUGGCAAUUCUGUCAUCGAAUUAUUUAGUACACCUACAAAAAUAACUGGCGUGCAUUAUGUUCGGGGUGUUAUUAUUUUCCACGAUGUGUUUGAUAACGAACACAAUGUUGGUGGCACUCAAAUCCGGGUAGAAGGUGUGUAUAUAUGGCCUUUUAGACAGCUUCGAAUGGUAGCUAGCAGUGGAAAAGAAGGAGAAUCGAGUCAGGAGGAAGAUUAUAUUUUAUCUAACCCAUAUCAUUUGCUUGGAGUUUUCUCAUCUCAAGUCUUCCAGGGAUCUCCACAAGAAAAAAACUGGAGAAGGAAGAACUCACCAAUUUAUGAGGUAGAGAAACAUUGCAAUAUUGAAGUUGCAGCCCAAUUUUCACGCUUUUCAUCUCUCCAAAAUGAUGGAGAUCAUGAUCGUUACCACAUUGAGGGAUUAAUGGAGAGCCCUGCACUCGAUGAUGAUGGGAAUUGCUUCCCACCUUUGUUUUUGAAUGCUACUUCUGUGAACAUUGAAGUCUACUAUAACAAAGCAGUGAACUAUACCUUAAUGGUUACCUUUGUCUCUUUCCUUCAAGUUCUUCUGUUAAUUCGACAAAUGGAACAUAGCAACACCCAGUCAGGGGCUGCCAAAGUUUCAAUUUUACUGGUUGGACAACAGGCUAUCAUGGAUGCUUAUCUUUGCCUCUUACAUCUCACUGCAGGAAUACUAGUUGAAUCCUUAUUUAAUGCUUUUGCAACUGCGGCAUUCUUCAAGUUUGUAGUCUUCUCCAUUUUUGAGAUGAGAUAUCUUCUUGCUAUAUGGAAGGCAAGUAGGACCACAAAUAAUGGUGAAGGUUGGGAAACAAUGAGGCGGGAGCUAUCUGUUUUAUAUAGCCGUUUCUAUGGAAUCCUUCUAGGAGGCAUUCUGGUCAUGUAUGAGUUUCAUUAUUUCCUGCGACCAAUGCUUCUCCUUAUGUACUCCUUUUGGAUACCUCAAAUUAUAACCAAUGUUAUUCGUGAUUCAAGAAAACCUUUGCAUCCUCAUUAUAUCUUGGGCAUGGCUAUUACUCGGCUAGCAAUCCCAUUAUAUAUAUUUGGGUGCCCUCACAAUUUCAUGCGCAUUGAGCCUGAUAAGAGCUGGUGUAUCUGUUUGGCCGUUUUCACUGGAUUCCAAGCUUCAAUUCUUCUUCUUCAACACUAUCUUGGGUCCAGAUGGUUCAUUCCUCAUCAGAUCCUACCAGAGAAAUAUAGCUAUUUUAGAAGGUUCAAUCAUCAAGAUAUGAAUCAUGCAACAGAUUGUGUCAUUUGCAUGACUUCCAUUGAUCUCACACGCAGUUCAAAUGACUGCAUGGUAACACCAUGCGAUCACUUCUUUCAUUCUGGUUGUUUGCAAAGGUGGAUGGAUAUAAAAAUGGAAUGUCCAACUUGCCGGCGUCCAUUGCCACCAGCUUAAAGAAAAUUUUUUGCUAAUUUGUCCAUACAACACAGGAGCCCCUCAGAAGACCUAACUCGUCCAUACGGUUGAGAAAAGACCCACAAGAAACCAUAUUUUCUGGGGUCCAUCUACAGACUGAGAUAGAGCAUAACCAAAAUUGAAACUCACUGACACUGAAGCAAUUUCUAGGAAACAAUUUCUUGCAUUAAUAAAUUGUAUGAUGUGUAAAUUUAAUAUGUAGUUGCUUCAAUAUAGGAGCAAUUUUUCAUUUAAAGAUAACUUAGGGCUGGUAGGUGGAGCUCAUAAGGGUGAAUUUGGUUAAAAGCUUAAUUUUAUUAAGAAAGUUUUUACGGAAAA